AUGGCUACAGGUUUGAAAAGAAAGCUUAGCCAGGAGACCAUCUCGCAGGGCAGUGAUGACGAAGGUGAAGCGUUUGAUAUCGCUGGUGACAUUGCUUUGAACUCUAGUGAUAGUAGCAGCGAUGAAAAUAGCGAUGAUUAUGACGAUGAUCUUGUUAAUCAAGAAACCCAGGAUAUUAUAGAAUUCAGUGAUGACGAAAAAGAAGACUCAAAGCCUGCCAAGAAGAAGACAAGGAAACAGGAUCUAGCGUUUCCCGUUAUGGAGCUUUCAGACGAUGAGGACGAUAGAGCUGCCAAAAGUGAUGAUGAUGACGUGAAUGAGUAUUUUUCCACUACUGCGGAGGCCACAAAGAAAUUCAAGAAAGGCAGUUUCCCAAGUUUUGGUUUUUCGAAGUUUAUCAUAAGUAAUAUAAAGAGAAAGGGAUUUCAGCAACCAACUCCAAUUCAACGCAAAACGAUUCCAUUGAUUUUGCAAAAAAGAGACAUUGUGGGGAUGGCACGUACUGGUUCCGGUAAAACGGCAGCAUUUAUUUUGCCAAUGAUCGAAAAACUCAAGUGUCAUUCUGGUAAAAUUGGUGCUCGUGUCGUUAUUUUAUCCCCUUCUAGAGAACUGGCAAUGCAAACGUACAAAGUUUUUAAGGAUUUCGCUAAGGGCUCGGAUCUACGUAGCGUCUUGUUGACGGGUGGUGAUUCCCUUGAAGAGCAGUUUAGUAUGAUGAUGUCAAAUCCUGAUGUCAUUGUGGCUACACCAGGUCGGUUUUUACAUUUGAAGGUUGAAAUGAGUUUGGAGUUGAAAAGUGUCGAAUAUGUUGUUUUUGAUGAGAGUGAUAGAUUAUUCGAGUUGGGUUUCAAAGAGCAAUUAAAUGAACUAUUAGCCGCUCUUCCUUCUACGCGUCAGACUUUAUUAUUUUCGGCUACUUUGCCAACUUCUUUAGUCGACUUUGCAAAAGCUGGUCUCACAAAUCCUGUUUUAGUACGUUUGGAUGCAGAGAGUCAAAUUUCAGACAAUUUGGAAAUGUUGUUCUUGGCUUCCAAAAAUGAUGAAAGAGAGGCAAAUUUACUUCAUUUGCUGCAGGAGGUCAUUCAAGUACCAUUAGCAACUGAAGAACAACUCAAAAUGAUAAGGGAUGAAGCCAAAAGUCACGAUGAUAGUGAUGAGGAUGACGAUCAUCGUGAAAAAAAUGGAAAGAAGAUUAGGAAGCAUAAGAAGGAGAAGUCGAAGAGAGUGAAAUUAGCCUAUGCCAACGAGCUUCCGUCUGAAAAGUCAACUAUUGUUUUUGUUCCUACAAGACAUCACGUCGAAUAUAUUACAAACCUUUUGAAAAGAUUCGGCUAUCUGGUUUCAUAUAUCUAUGGUACAUUAGAUCAGCAUGCUCGUAAAAGGCAGCUCUUCAAUUUCAGAGCGGGCUUUACAUCUAUUCUUGUUGUCACAGAUGUUGCUGCAAGAGGUGUCGAUAUUCCAAUGCUUGCCAAUGUCAUCAACUACACAUUACCAGUUUCUUCAAAAGUCUUUAUCCAUCGUGUGGGUAGAACGGCAAGAGCUGGUAACAGAGGUUGGGCUUAUUCGAUUGCUUCGGAGUCAGAGUUAGCCUAUUUGCUGGACCUGGAACUUUUCCUAGGUAAAAAGAUACUCACAACACCUAUGUAUGAAUCAACAUGUGAUUUGCUGAAGGAAAAGUGGAUUGAAAACGGCAAGGAUGAGUUGUUGUUCCAGCCGCCAAAGGUCAACUAUACAGGCAGAAUAGUUUUAGGCUCAGCUCCAAGACUAGAUUUGGAGGGCAUGGGUGACUUACACAAGAACCUUAUGACCGAAUUUGAAAUGCAAACUUUGAAGGGCGUCUCACUGAAAGCUGAAAAGUUAUAUAUGCGGACCAGAUCGCCUGCUUCUGCUGAAUCCGUGAAAAGAAGCAAAGAAGUGCUGCGUUCUGGUUGGGACGAACAGAACGUAAUAUUUGGUAAAAAUUUGGAAAAGGAAAAAUUGGAUUUCCUAGCUCGACUCCAAGGAAGAAGAAAUAAGGAAACGGUGUUUGAGUUCUCAAGAAAUGCGGAUGAUGACACUUCAAUGCUGAUGAAGAAAAGAAGAGAGCAAGUUGCCCCAAUUCAAGAAAAAGCGCGCAGAAGACAUGAACUACAAGAGAAGGAAAGAAAAGCAGGUCUCUCGCACAAUAUUGAGGAUGAAGUACUAGGAAAUGAAGCUGAAGAAAACAGCUACGAUAUACCUGCAGAAGUAUUGGACCAAUUUGAAGAUGCAGACCAAAUAUUGAACUCAGAUAGUAGCAAAAGUAAGAAAAAUGCUAGACCCAAGUCUUUCAAAGAUCCAAAUUUCUUUCUCAGCCAUUAUGCACCCGCAAAUGGCUCACAAAAUGAUCAAAUGCAACUUACAAGUGGAUUUACAACGGAUGCUGCUCAAGUUGCAUACGAUGUUAAUUCAGAUGAUAAAGUUCAGGUACACAAGCAAACUGCUACUGUCAAAUGGGAUAAAAAGAGAAAGAAAUACGUCAACUCACAAGGUUUAGACAACAAAAAGUAUAUUAUUGGUGAAAGUGGACAAAAAAUCCCUGCCUCUUUCAGAUCAGGUAAGUAUGACGAAUGGUCAAAAGCUAGAAAUUUGAAACAACCUAAGGUAGGCAGUAGGGAAUCAACAACUGGAACGAAUAUGUUGAGCAACCCAACUAAAUCGGAUACAAGUAGUAGUUUUGGUAGAAAUUUCAAACAUAAGCAAAUGAAGGCACCUAAAGUACCUGAUAGACAUAGAGAUGAUUAUGAGAAACAAAAGAAGAAAGUUAAACAGGCUCUGGAAAGGGGUACUCCAGUUAAAGGCUACAAGACUUCCGGUGCUGGCAAUGAACUACACUCUAUUGAACAAAUAAGAAAGCAAAGAAUAAUCAACGAGAAAAAGAAAGCCAAAAAUUCCCGUCCAAGCAAAAAAAGGAAGUUUUAA